AUGGCUUUGUCUUCUCCAGAUGAGGCUGCGGGAGCUACCAAGUCAGAAGAUGCUGCUGGCAGUACUGCCCAACCUCAGCAUGCGAACAGCACUGAGGGACCAGAGACGAAUUCGACGGCGAUCCAUGGUUUCAAGCUGUAUGCCAUUUUCAUAGGCAUAUGCGUCGGCGCCUUCCUGAUGUCCUUGGAUAUUUUCGUCAUUGCAACAGCCAUCCCGUCUAUCACGUCCGACUUCAAGGACACGUCGCAGCUGGCCUGGUAUCCGGCUGCCUAUUCACUCACGACCUGCGCAUUGACUCCGCUGGCAGGAAAGCUGAGCUCAACGUUUCCCCUUCGCUGGUGCUACAUAAUCUUCUUUUCCAUAUUUAUGGUCGGCAGCCUCAUAUGUGGCUUCGCUCCAAAUAGCAACACCUUCAUUGCGGGUCGUGCAGUCGCAGGCGUAGGAGCGUCUGGUGUUGCUAGUGGUGGGUUUAUUAUUGUUCUCACUGUUUCUUCCGAGAAAGUGAAACCGCUAUUCAUGGGCAUGUGCAGCAGUUGUUUUGCUAUGGGUCUAAUCCUAGCACCUGUCAUAGGUGGCGCUUUUACGGAGAAGGCAACGUGGCGGUGGUGCUUCUGGGUCAAUCUUCCUCCAGGUGCUCUGACAUUGCUCUGUAUGCUCUGCUUCUUCAAACCCCCAUCCAUACAGCGCGAUCAGACCACUAUCGAGCGGAUCAAAAACCUAGAUCUCAUUGGAUGUGGAAUAUUCAUUCCAGCUAUUUUCAUGCUGCUUCUCGCUAUGAUGUGGGGCGGCACGGAAAAGGAUUGGGGCUCGGCAAUAAUCAUCGGCCUCUUUGUGGGCUCAGGUGUGAUGCUCAUGCUCUUUGUUUGCUGGGAACGCUAUCAAGGCGAUACAGCUAUGAUACCGGGUAAUCUACUCGUCAGACGAACAGCCACCUUUAGUGUCUUGUUUUCCUUCUGUCAUUUCGGGUCUCUUGGCAUCAUGAACUACUAUCUUCCUGAAUGGUUUCAAGCCGUCCAAGGCGCAGCUCCGUUGGAAAGUGGUACGCGGGUCUUAGCUGCUGUGCUCUCUCAAAUAGUGGGGACACUAUCUGCUGGUAUUCUUGCGCGGAGAAUAAGCUAUUACAAUCCUUGGCUCUUCAUUGGACCUCUCUUGAUGUGCACUGCCUCAGCUUUAUACACUCAAUUUUCGACUUUCAAUACACCGUCUAGCCAUUGGAUUGGUUUCCAGGUUAUCCAGGGUCUCGGAGUCGGCAUGGCCCAGCAAAUGCCCUCUCUCAUAGUCCAGCUAGCAGUCCAAGAUAAGCCGGAACUUAUGCCCCUUGCAAUCUCUCUCAACUUAUUCUUUCAGUAUCUGGGGGCCACAGUCAUGCAGGUUGUUGGAGGUAUCGUGUUUCGUUCAAUUUUGGGCCAAGAACUGGCCUACCAUGCCGGUCUGAAUGCCCCCCAAAUAGCUAUGUUAUCUGCCGCUGGAACUGCCCAUAUACGUGAAACGACCGAGCAGAAUUUUCCCAAACUGUUACGCCUGGUUUUGGAAGCUUACAACACAGCCAUUACUUCAACAUUUUUUGUUGCAGUUGCUACGACAGCCACGGCAUUCUUCCUAGCUUUCGGAGCCAAGUGGAUGAGAAUCCAUGACAAAAGGAGGACUGAGCCGGAAGGGGGUGAGCUUGAACGGCAGUAG